UUAUCAUUAUGGUGCGCUUUUUCAUGAAAGAUUAAUUGCGUUCAUCAGAAAACCGUGUUUCAUAUUUCAAUAGUUAUUAGGUUAUGUUCAUUUGUACUUCGCAACGAGUCAGCAACGAGUUGCGCUGGAUUGCGCUUAUUUGUACUUUCAGUACGCUGGAAAAAAAUGGCGUCCACUUAGUCAAUUUUCUGUUGAGCGCAAGCAAUUGCGUCGCGAUUUAUUCCAAUUGAAUUGUGCAGUCGAUCGAAAUCGAUGAUGAUGAAACGUGAAGGACGUUGCAUUUGACCACAGGGAAUACAGAAUAUGGGCCCAAAGGCAGCCGUUCAAGCUUUGAAAAAGGCGGAACCAUUGAAGGAUAAGGUCCAGCGCUGCAAGGAUUUGCUGAAUGACAAUGAUGCUUGGGUAUGUCAGCAGCAGUUGCAAAAGAUAUACCAGCAGGUUCUCAUACUGGAUUUGGAGUAUGCCUUGGAUAGGAAGGUCGAGCAGGAGCUGUGGAAUCUUGGAUUUAAGAAUUAUAUAGCGACUCUGCAAUCACAGGCUAAGGAUAGGAAGAACCCCAAGCGUGGUGAAUCUCAGGCAUUGCUCAGUUGGUGCUUAGAAGCAGCUAGUGGAUUUUAUUUAACCUUGCUGCAGGAAAUAUGCACUGUAUUCGAUUUGGAUUUACCGUUUAGAAGGAAAGGUUAUAUGUAUGGGUGUACAUCUCCGUGGAAAGCUGUUGAAAAAUUAUCUCCGCCUCACAAAUCGUCUUGUUUUUACGCCUGCCAGUAUUGCCUUGUACACUUGGGCGACAUUGCGCGGUACAGGAAUGAGAGCAAGCAAGCCGAGAUGUUUUACAGACAUGCUGUCCUGCUAUCACCAUCCAGCGGACAGCCGUACAAUCAAUUGGCGCUUUUGGAAGCAUCUCGUGGUGAUAAACUGGGCACGGUGUUUCACUAUGCACGCUCGGUAGCUGUGAAGCAUCCGUUUCCUGUUGCCACAGCAAAUCUCGCUACAACUUUGUCCUCCGCCUUGAACGACAAAUCCUUCAAUGUUGACGGCAAGACCAAACUAAACUCUCAGGAGUACAUCUCUGUUUUUUUGAAGUUACAUGGAAUAAUCCAUAAUUUCGGCGAUUUGAAGCUUGCGUGCUCAUAUAGUAAACAGUUGACGGAAGCGUUGACUGCACUGGUCGCCACCGAGAGUUUCAGCUCAUGGAUGCUUAUACAGAUGCUGGUAAUCAACUUGUAUGCUCUGCAACAUACAACCGGAAUCAGCAAUGACAGCAUGGAAAUGCUGAAGAAUGAGCAGUUAACCAAUGACGAAAAACUUGCCCGCGACUGCAUACUGGACCUAAUCGCAGGCACUCUGUCUGCUUUGCUGUUACCCGUCUACACAAUAAAGAAUUCUAUCAUCGAGUACUUUGCGUUGCCUUCGAUAAAACUGUGCCUUGAUUGGAUCAACAUAAAACCCACGGUUUUAGAGGAAGUUGCUUUUACAUCGAGAUUACAAAUCUGGCCCAGCCUUUGUGUGUUGUUAAAUGCUCUACAAAAUUGCGUAGUGGAUUUCAAAUAUGACGAAUAUGUUGCAGUGCCGCUACCAGAGGACCGUGAUCUCCAGGGUUUCCUACCGUUGGAGAAGAGCUUCGAGAACCUGAGAUUUACAAAUACUACGCUAGAAGGCGACAUCGCGACGUUAAAUAAAUUACGAGCUAUACGCAUUCUGCAUCUGGGUCGUUGCCUUGCGCAAUACCAGAUCAAUGGAUUGGCACCAAUCACGAUCACGACGGAGGAGAAAACGGGCGAUAACAGAUUUACGUCUAUGAGCAACGGUGCCGGGCCCAGCAACGAACUGAUGAAGGAACUCGAGGAACUUAGUUUGAACAAGGACAAGCAGCUAAGCACGCCGAUGAGCCCGGCGCUGUCCGAAGCAGCGAGUAGCAAAAGUUCCGUAGAAAAUGACACAGAGAUUUUCACCGACAAGAAGAUUUUCCAAGGUAUUCUCAAACCGCAAGGCUCCUUGGAACGAAACCGAGAUUCCUUAACGAGCGUCGCGGAAACGAGCAGCGUCGAAGUGAAUUCUCAGCCGUGCGCCAGGAAGCCGCGACAGAACAUAGCGAUGCAGGCAAUCAUGCGCCGCGCGGAGACCGAGCAGAAGCAAGUGACGUUUAAGAACGUGUCGCCCGUGAUCGUCGAAGAGGAAAACGAUAGAAAGGUGAAAGCAAUGGCCGUUCCGCCGGCCAAUACCUCUGCCGCGAAUAAACCGGCGCCAAUUCCGGAGAUGCCGAAAGCUAACGAAACUCCCGGUGCGAAUAACACGCUUAUCAGCAUUCAGAAUCGGCUGUCGGCGAUGUCACUUGCUCCGUCCGCCUCUCAGAACCUGUCCGCGCCGGUUCAGAGCCAGCAGAGAUCCGCGAAAGUACCGGCCAGCAUCCCAAUGCCCGCUCAGGUGAAUCAACUGGCAGUCAAGGAGCAACAAGUCCAGCAAGUCGCUCAGCAAAUGCUACCGCAGAUGCAUGUCGGCAUAUCGGCGCAACAGACGCCGACACUGGGACCGACUUGCUACCCGAAUCAAUCGUUUAACGUGCAAAAUCCGCAGUUCGCCAAGAACUUCAUGACAAAUCGGCCGCCACCGGCGAAUAUACCGCAUUACCAGAUGCAAGGACAGUUCAACAACAACGGCCAGCCGGCCGCGGGAAUGCCGCAGACCAUGAAUGGAAUGCACCACGCGAUCAACCAGAGCAGACCGUUGCACCAAAGAAUGCCGCAGAGCGUGUCGCACAGCCCCGCGCAGCUGCUGCAGCAAAACAUGCGAUUGGGAUCCCCCGCUCAGCCAAGUGUGAUGCCGCAGAGUAUGAAUCUGCAGGCGAAUAAUAUGGGACUGCAGACGAGCAUGAGCAUGGAACAGCAGAGCCACGCGAUGGGGCUGCAGCAGCAGCAGCAGCAGCAGCAGCAGCAGCAGCAGCAGCAGCAGCAGCAGGGCUUGAUGCCGAGCAAUCCCCGAUCAAACGGCAUGCACAAUCAAUUGAGCGUGAACGGUUCGGGCAUAGCGAAUAUAUCAGGGAUGAUGUCGGCGUUGUACGAGAAGGACCGUCCGCAACAGGCUCUCGCGACGCUAACGAACUCGCAGAGCCCGACGAGCGUGUCGAACUUCCAACUGAACUUCAAUCAGAGUAACUUCAAUCAGAAUCAAGCCUUCGGCCAAUCGCUGUCGCAAAAUCAAUCAUCGCCGUCGUUCUACAAGAAGAAUGCGGAUGCGAUCGACUUUCCCUUCCCGAAUCAGACCAAUGUGGCUAAGAAUCAGCCGCAACAGCAACCGCCGCCGGCGAAUAGCUACAAUAUGUUCUGCAAUUACGAGCCGACCAAAUCCUUUAAUUUGUGGAAGGACAGUCAACCGCCUCAACCGCCAAUUGCCUGGUGGGGUUCAGCUGCCAAUGCUGCGGGCCAGAUGCACGUGAAAGAUUCGAUCGCCGGUGACAAUACAUUUUCGAACUGGAGCGAUUCGUCUAAUCUCGGAAAUGUGGCGAGUAGAAUGCCACUGACGCCGGGCAAAAAUUACCAGCAGCAACAACAAAACGGGCAGCACAGCAGACACCUUAUGACAGGAAAUAAUUUCGAGGAUACCAGAUUGUUCGAACUCGAGCAGAAGCCAUCCCAACCUGUGACCACCGGCAACACUUAUUCCUUGUUCAGCGGCAACACAUGGAGCACUGUUAGUACGCCCAUCAAUUCAAGCUCCGCCAGUCAAGAUCAGAUGAAAACGCGGCUUCAUCAGCAAUCUCUGUGGUCCGGACCGGGUCCCUCCCCGCUAGAACGACUUUUGGAGCAACAGAAAUCGCUGCGCGAAGGCGGCACCACUUGAAGAGACGCGCAGACCAUCCGUCGAGGAGAUCAAGCAGAGUGUAAUUUCGCGUUGAGCGUAUGUCGAUUUAAAUAACCACAAGCGUGCGCGACGGCGAAAAAUUACCUAUUUGUCCGAGAGAGGUGCGAAAUUCUCAAAAGAAUACGUAGAAUGAGCGUAUAAAUGAGGUCGACUGAGGCGCAAGGUCGUCCUCAUGGCAUUAUGAUAUGCGCGAGGGUAAUAUAAUCUUCAUUAAUUUUCCAAUUGCACAUGUGAGAUCCGCGAAAGAAUCCGGAAUACACAUUGCGCGACUUUUGGAGUGGAUUUCUUGCAAAUUAAACAAAGGCAAGAACCAGAAGCAAACGAUUACCGAACGGCGAUUCAAUUUAAUUCGUAUGGGAAUAAGUAGACAGACAACAAGAAAAAAAA